GGUAUUUAAGAAGCAGCACCUACACUAACUGGAAACAACUACCUCCAAACAACGGCACGUGUAAAGUUCUUGAACUGUUUCCCAACAUUAAUUUAAUAAAAAGUAAGAGUUUGCUGAAGAAAUCUUUAAAAUUACAGUUGGCAAUGGAUGAAUUUGAAUCGCAUCAGUUCAGUGAUGCUGAUGAGGAUGAGGAAAUACCAUACAAGAAUAACUUAGUAAAUACCUUCAAAAAUUUAACAGUGAAGCAUGACAUGUUUAAGGAUAUUAAAAGAGAUAGCGUGCAAAACGACAAUUUGGAGAAAAUUAUAGACGAUCCAAGCCCAGAUGAGACAAUAGAUGAUGAAGACGACUACGAAGAAGCGAGUGGCGAUUCAUAUGACUACGAAGAGUCUUAUACAGGCUAUCAAAAGCAUAAUGCGCAAACCACACAAAUAUCACUCAACCAGUCCGCUUGUAAAGGUGGCACUACGCAAGCUAAACGUGUAAGCAGCUAUCAGCCAAAAGAAAAUUUAUUCCGCCGCUAUUCAGCACGCAUAAAUGUAGAAAAAUACGAUCCUACCGUUAAUAUGAGCUCACAGGCCGCCAAUCGACUAGUGACAUUCGAUAGACGCCAAGAUGACCGUGUUCGUAUACGUGAUAAACAGGAUCGUGCUACUGCCGAGCAAGUAAUGGAUCCACGUACGCGCAUGAUACUUUUCAAAAUGUUAAAUAGUGGCUUUAUACAAGAAAUCAAUGGUUGCAUAUCCACCGGCAAAGAAGCUAAUGUAUAUCAUGCUGUCUCAGAGCGCGAUGAAGAGUUUGCUAUUAAAAUCUAUAAAACGUCCAUAUUGACAUUUAAAGAUCGUGAUAAGUAUGUAUCGGGUGAAUUUCGCUUCCGACACGGCUACUGCCGUCAUAAUCCACGCAAAAUGGUGCGUACGUGGGCAGAGAAAGAGAUGCGCAACUAUCUGCGCAUGCAUAACGCAGGUGUGCCUGUGCCCGAACCUUUACUGCUACGCUCACAUGUGCUUGUGAUGCGUUUCUGUGGCAAAAAAGGGUGGCCUUCGCCAAAGUUGAAAGAAGUAGAAUUGACCACAUCUAAAGCUUGCCAACUGUAUCGCGAAUGUGUUGUGAUUAUGUGGCGAAUUUAUAAUAAAUGCAAAUUGGUGCACGCAGAUUUAUCAGAAUUCAAUAUUUUAUUGCAUGAUGGGCAGCUUAUAAUUAUUGACGUUAGUCAAUCGGUCGAACACGAUCAUCCGCAUGCAUUCGAUUUCUUGCGUAAAGAUUGCGUUAACAUAUCAGAUUUCUUCCGCAAGCGUGCAGUUGCCACAAUGACCGUGAAAGAGCUAUUCGACUUUAUUACAGAUCAGUCAAUUACUGAUGAAAAUAUGGAUGAAUGUCUAGAACGCAUAUCAGAGCGGAUCAAAGAUCGUGACUUUGAUGCGAUCACGGCUCAGGAAAAAAUCGAUGAAGCAGUAUGGCAGAACACUUUCAUACCGAAACGAUUAGAUGAGGUCCGACAUUUUGAGAAAGAUGUAGAUAAGGCGAAAAAAGGACUAAAUAAGGAUCUCAUAUAUGGCAAAAUAACAGGUCUAAAAUCCGAUUUAAAUGUGCAAGAACAACCGGAUGUACUUAUUGAGUCUGAAGCAGUUGAAAGCAAAAAUGUGAAAAAUGCUCAAAACAAAGAAAUCGCCGAAGACUGUACUGAUUCAAGUGAUUGCGAGGACGAAGCUUCCGAAGAUGACGGCAGCACAGGCUUCGUCAAUUCAGCGCGUCCGCGAGAUGAAUCUCCUAAUAGUAAAAAGUCCCGUAAGAAGGCUGUUAAAGAGGCAAAGGCAGAAAAGCGUAAAGUGAAGGUUAAAAAGCAUGUCAAGAAACGUAAAGAAAAGAUGGCAACCACACGCAAAUGAAAACUAAAUUGUAAUUGUAAAUAGACUUUAUUCUUGAUUAAGUUUCGUUUUAAUAUUAUACUUAAAACAAA